GUGCCCCGUUCCGAGCCUGACAACCAGCCCCUCGGGGCCGCCUCCGCCGCGGGAGCGCCCGGCAGCGAUCGUGCGGGAGAUAGCCCGGAGAUAUGCGCCCUGCCCUUCCCUUCCCUUCCCUUCCCUUCCCUUCCCUUCCCUUCCCUUCCCUUCCCUUCCCUUCUUCUGGCUGCCUUGCCAGACCCCUGGGUUUGGCUGUGCAGCAGGGGGAAGAUGCUGUUGUAGACGAGCUUCGGCUGGGGCCACUGUAGCCGCGCUUACCUUGCCUUUCUCUCUCUUUGCCAUUUCUCCUAGCGAAAAUCUUACUUAGAUGCUCUUACGGCUGUUUUUGUCUUAGUGCCAGCUUUAUUAACUCUCAGUGUGAGCUUGGAUACUUGGUUGUUUUGUUUUGUUGUUUUCCUCUGGUUAAUGAACGUACUUAGUAAGUUGCGUUUUGCAAUUGCUCCUUGUGCGCGCAAUCGUUUUUAAAUUAUUAUCAAUUAUGAACUUGUGAAAGGAGUUAAGUAGUAGGUGUGUGUUGUGGCAAGGUGAAGAUACUUACGUGGGUAUGUUUGCACUAGUUUGAUUAACUAGUACAGUCACCGUGGAAAUGUAAGAGCCAAAGCAUUACCUGCUGGAAGCUGGAAAGUUGAGUAUUGGCACGUUUGAGCCUUUGUCUAGCAGCCGUUGUCAUCUCAAAAUCAGUUAGGUGGCAGAGUUCAGUCUUAAAAUUCACUGGGCCAGUGUUCAAAUUUACAGCUUUACUCUUUCUUACAAAACUAAUUUGGGUAAAAGCAUUUUGUGCCUGAAUGUGUGGCUGUAAGAACUAUAGGACAGUAAGUGUUGUUUGCAGCAAGAAGUCACUGAAUUGCAAGGGCUGUAUUGUUUGGGGAGAGGGAGGGGUUUUGUUGGUUUUGGUUUUGAUUUUGUUGUUGUUUUGGGGUUUUUUGUUGUUUCACAAGUUAAUUGGAUCAAUUUAGAGAAAUUGUUCUCACCUUGAAUUGUUGAAGAGGUUUGUCUCACUACAAGUAUCUGCGUGGCCUUGUUGCAUACAGCACCUGGAAGACAUCAGUGGAAAUUGGAGUGUGACAAGUUAGCGGAGGAAGGGAGUUGUUUUUUUCCAUUCCAUGGAUCCCUUGGGUGCUCCUUCCCAGUUUGUGGAUGUUGAUAGCCUGCCAGGCUGGAGUGAUGCCUAUGAGGCCAAGCAGCUGGAUUGCCACCAAAGUCCCGUUGAAAAAGCUCGAGUUGAUGUUAGAUCACCUUUUCCAUACAGGAAAGACAUCAAUGAAAAAAUAAUCUUGUGGAAAGGAGAUGUCGCAUUACUGAACUGCACAGCCAUCGUAAACACCAGCAAUGAGACUCUCACAGAUAAGAACCCAGUGUCUGAGAGUAUAUUCAUGCAUGCUGGCCCUGACCUGAAGGAUGAGCUCCAGAAGCUCAAAGGCUGCAGGACAGGUGAGGCCAAGCUGACGAAAGGAUUUAACCUGGCUGCGCGCUUCAUCAUUCACACGGUGGGCCCCAAGUACAAGAGCCGGUACCGCACGGCGGCCGAGAGCUCCCUGUACAGCUGCUACCGCAACGUCCUGCAGCUCGCCAAGGAACAGGCAAUGUGCUCCGUAGGAUUCUGUGUCAUUAACACUCUGAAAAGAUGCUACCCCUUGGAGGAUGCAACCCACAUAGCACUGCGCACAGUUAGGAGGUUUCUGGAGGUUCAUGGAGAGACUCUGGAGAAGGUGGUAUUUGCUGUCUCUGAGCUUGAAGAGGCCACUUACCAGAAGCUGCUGCCUCUGUAUUUUCCGAGAUCGCUGGAAGAAGAAGUCCAGUCCUUGCCUUACCUCCCUGCAGAUAUUGGCAACGCAGAAGGGGAGCCGGUAGUACCAGAGCGGCAGAUCAGGAUUACUGAAAAGCCAGGCGUUCCAGAUGAUGCUUCAGAUGAAGAGGGUCUGGAGACAGAUUUGUCUUUCAUUGGGUCCCAUGCUUUUGCCCGCAUGGAGGGAGACGUUGAUAAACAGAGGCGCCUCAUCCUUCAGGGACAAUUGUCAGAGGCAGCACUGCAGAAACAGCAUCAGAGGAAUUAUAAUCGCUGGCUGUGUCAGGCAAGAGCUGAAGACCUCUCUGACAUUGCUUCUCUUAAAGCUUUGUACCAGACUGGUGUAGAUAACUGUGGCCGCACUGUGAUGGUGGUUGUUGGAAGGAAUAUCCCCGUAACAUUGAUAGACAUGGAAAAGGCUCUUCUCUAUUUCAUCCAUGUCAUGGAUCAUAUUGCAGUGAAGGAAUAUGUUCUGGUGUACUUCCAUACACUUACGAAUGAUUACAAUCAACUAGACUCUAACUUCCUGAAGAAACUCUAUGAUGUUGUUGAUGCCAAGUACAAGAGGAACUUGAAGGCAUUGUAUUUUGUCCACCCAACAUUUCGUUCAAAGGUCUCAGCAUGGUUUUUCACAACCUUUACAGUCUCAGGGCUAAAGGACAAAAUCCACUAUGUGGAAAGCCUUCAGCAGUUGUUCACAGCCAUACCCCCAGAACAGAUGGAUCUUCCCCCUUUCGUCCUAGAGUAUGAUGCCAGGGAAAAUGGGCCUUACUAUUCUUCUUAUCCUCCAUCCCCUGACUUGUGAUCUGCAGUCCUGUGAUGCUGCCAGUUUCCCAUGGAUCCAAUGACCUGAUGCCUGCCAAAACCUGUGCAUUUUCCCAUGUACAGAAUUCAGAGAGAGGGUUUUCCUCCCCCAGCUCUGAUAUUUUUUUACUGAUAUUUUCAAGCACUCAAGCAAUCAGAGAACUUUAUGCCACUGUGAACUGUACAACUAUUUCAAAUAUAUUUAUCCAAUGGAAAAGCUGAUUUAAAGAUCACUAGGUGCGUUUGUUUGUUUUGUUGUUGUUGUUGCUGCUGUUGUUUCUGGAAGCUGUUACAUUAUUUUUCUGAAGAGACUUUCUCUUUUCUGGGAAAUCUUUCAAAAGCACUUGAUCAUGUUUUUAACUGUUAUUUUGAGCUCUGUUUGUCAUACCCACUUCUGACUGGUCUGUACAAAUAUUGUGUAGUACCAGCCUGACACAUCACUCAUUGUAUGGUCUGUGUUUCACAUCUGAUUACUUUACCUUUCUGUUAGUACUGAUUACUUUAGUCUUGACCCAGCAAAACUAUCUGGAAUUGGGAAUGCCAUGUCUGCAGGCUGACAAAGCACUACAGCCAAGCCAACACUACUCCAGGAUUUAGUCCCAUAAACUGCUAAGUGAGCUAGGAGCCUUGAAAAAGUCCCUGUCAGUUUUCACUGGAUGAUGUGAAGGACCAUGUCAGGAUGCCACUACCCUCCCAGUAAGAAUAAAACUGA